AUGGCUGCGACUGCUCCACCCGUUCCCAAGCUCGAUCGGUAUGUGGUCAUCCACGUGGCGACCACCUGCGAUGAACACGGUGUCUAUGUGACGAAAGAUUCUGCGGAGGUGAUUGAGCUGGGCUGGAUUCUGCUGGACAGCAAGACUUGUGACGAGCUCUAUCGAGAGAGUGUGCUCGUCAAGCCCGUGAACACUCCUAUCACACCGCUGUGCACCAGCCUCACCACUCUGACCUGGGAACAUGUUCGCAACGCCGGUUCCUUCCGGGAUGCUAUCUCGCGAUUUGACCAUUUCGCCCAGGAGCAUCUUAUAUCCAAAAACCUGGAGUUCUCGUUUGUGACACUGGACGCCUGGGACUUGCGGGUCCAGUUGCCGCGGGAGGCUCGAGACAAAGCAGUCGUCCUACCGGCCUACCUGCAACACUCGCGGACCUUUGACCUGCGCUCAGAGUACGCCCGGUGGCAACAGCACCAUCCAGAGUCCCUGCCAUUUGGGCCCAGCUCUCUAGCAAACAUUUGUGCAGCGUUGGAGGUGGAGCCUGUGCAAUCGUCGGCCCCAAUCAAGCACAACCUGCCCUUCCAUCUGCAGGCCCUGGCGCCUGCCUCCCCUCGCCGGGCCAUGGAAGAGGCGGUCACCCUCGCCAGGGUGCUGCGAGGCCUGAUUCGGAAGUCUCAGCCCGCCCAUGAACAUCCAGAGGUUCUCACUCGCCCCAUGGACGCCCGAGCCGAUGUCAACGCCUUCUUGAAGGAACGCAGCAAAGUCCUCCACAUGAACGGCCUGCCGCACGACACGACCCAGUCGGAACUGGAAAGCUGGUUUACUCAAUUUGGAGGACGUCCAAUCGCCUUCUGGACCUUCCGUACUCCGGAUCAGCAUAAGCCAACAGGCUCAGGUUUCGCCGUCUUCUCUUCACAUGAGGAGGCCGCUGAAAGUCUCUGCAUGAACGGACGCGCUCUCAACGAGAAGGCCAUCGAGGUCUCGCCUUCAUCAAGCCGAGUCCUCGAUCGUGCCGCCGACAUCCUCACACCCUUCCCUCCCAGCAAGAACCGACCAAGGCCGGGUGAUUGGAACUGCCCUUCUUGUGGCUUCUCCAACUUCCAACGCCGUACUGCUUGCUUCAGAUGUUCAUUUCCGGCUGCGGGUUCUGGAGCGGGUGACCCUUACGGAUACAAUGCCUACGGCUACGGCCCCUCUCCUCAUAUGAUGGGUCAUCCUCCUCACAUGGGACAUCAUGGUCAUGGCAUGGGACACCAUGGGCGAGGCGGGGCUGGCGUCGUUCCGUUCCGCGCUGGUGACUGGCGCUGUGGCGCGGAAGGAUGCUCUUACCACAAUUUCGCCAAAAACGUCAACUGUCUGCGUUGCGGCGCUCCUCGGUCUGGAGCAGCUGUCGUGGUGGACUCGUCUUACCCAUCGCCAAUGGGCCCCCCGUCAGAGUUCAGCGGCAUUGCCAGCAACCCUGGACCGGCUCCUUACGGGGCUGGUGCUGCUGCCUUUGGGUCGGGCGCCGCCUUUGCUCAGCCUCCGCCCAGCCAGUACGGUAUGCCCUCCGGUAUGGGUGCGCCAGGUGCCGGGUUUCCCCAGUUGGGCGGCAUGACUCCGAGCUACGCCUCGAGCAACAUGUCUCACUCGUCUUUCGGCCCGGCUGCCCAGGCUGCUUUCAGUGGCGCGGCCGACACCACUGCCCCUGUCAACGUGCCCCAGAAUGGCUUUUAUGGAAAUGAACCCAACAAUGAUCCCUUCGCAUUCCUUUCCGCCGGUCUGGGCAACUUGAGCGUCGGUGGCGAGAAUCAACCACCUCGCCGCAAUGGCGGUCCUCAAAGUGCUAAGAGUCCUGCCUAA